AUGUGGGAGCUAGCGGCUCCAUUAUGGCGGCAGUUGAGUCAGGCGCAGCGAAAGACGUCGCAAUCGACGUCUAAGAGGGCAUUCUGCGUCAGAAACCAGCGGUCCGUAGAAUUGGCAUUUGACACCAUCGAGCGGAUGGCGCGCGACCCGGCGUCCGGCAUUUGUCUCACGAGCCACAGGCGCAUGGCGUGCGUGUCAUACGUGGAGGUAAAGCAGACGCGCAACGCGCAGUCGCAGCAAUGUAGCGGCGAGAACGCGCCGAUGGAACGCAUCGGCAGCGUGAUCUAUUUAGACCUAAAAAACCGAUGA